AUGGACAAGGACGCGGCGCGCGAGUACCUGUCGUCGCUGCUAAACCAGAACCUGCGAGUCGUCACCACAGACGGCCGCUUGUUCUGGGGCCAAUUCAAGUGCACCGAUGCUGAAAGCAACAUCGUGUUGGCGCACACCUACGAAUAUCGACCGCCGAGCGAGGAACUGCGGGCGCAGGCCAUGACACAAGCUGCGGGCGGCAAUGUGACUCUGGACAUGACAUCGCGCUAUCUGGGCUUGGUUGUUGUUCCUGGACAUCGAAUCACAAAGAUGGAGGUUGAGCGCUUUGCGAGCCAGAUGGGACAACGUCAUAGCCGAGCUAUCAUAUAG